CUCUGUUCCUUAGAAACCGGUCGGCGUGUUCCCGGUGUCAGCGCGCUAAAAUCCGGCGCCCGCGCAUCCCCAGCAGCCUCCUUGUAGACGGACGGGUGGCGUCCGAGACCUGUCGGGAGCCCAUGGUGUCCAGGGCGGCGCUGGACGGGCGAUGCCGGCGUGCCAGGCGCCAUGUCUGACCAGGACUGUGGUAAGGCCAGCUCCAUGCCGGAGGCCCUUGUGAAGAGAUGAGUUGCUGAGCCGAGGCUGGGAUGAAGAUGCUGCCGGGUGUGGGUGUGUUUGGUACUGGCAGCUCGGCCCGGGUCCUGGUCCCACUGCUGAGGGCAGAAGGAUUCACAGUGGAGGCUCUGUGGGGGAAGACCGAGGAGGAGGCCAAGCAGCUGGCUGAGGAGAUGAACAUCACCUUCUACACCAGCCGGACCGAUGACGUCUUGCUACAUCAAGACGUAGACCUGGUGUGCAUCAACAUCCCCCCUCCACUCACCCGCCAGAUAUCUGUGAAGGCUCUAGGCAUCGGGAAGAACGUGGUCUGUGAGAAGGCAGCCACGUCGGUGGAUGCGUUCCGGAUGGUGACGGCCUCGAGAUACUACCCGCAGCUCAUGAGCCUGGUGGGGAACGUGCUGCGCUUCCUGCCCGCCUUUGUGCGCAUGAAGCAGCUGAUCGCAGAGCACUACGUGGGUGCGGUGAUGAUCUGUGACGCCCGCAUCUACUCGGGCAGCCUGCUCAGCCCCAGCUAUGGCUGGAUCUGUGAUGAGCUCAUGGGCGGCGGCGGCCUGCAUACCAUGGGCACCUACAUUGUGGACCUGCUGACCCACCUGACUGGCCGGAGGGCUGAGAAGGUUCAUGGGCUUCUCAAGACCUUCGUGCGGCAGAAUGCCGCCAUCCGCGGCAUCCGGCACGUCACCAGCGAUGACUUCUGCUUUUUCCAGAUGCUCAUGGGUGGGGGGGUGUGCAGCACAGUGACGCUUAACUUCAACAUGCCGGGCGCCUUUGUGCAUGAGGUCAUGGUGGUGGGCUCUGCGGGACGCCUCGUGGCCCGGGGAGCUGACCUCUACGGGCAGAAGAACUCUGCCACACAGGAGGAGCUCCUGGUGAGGGACUCCCUGGCUGUGGGGGCCGGGCUUCCUGAGCAGGGCCCCGAGGACGUCCCGCUGCUCUACCUGAAAGGCAUGGUCUACAUGGUGCAGGCCUUGCGCCAGUCCUUCCAGGGGCAGGGCGACCGCCGCACCUGGGACCACACCCCUGUGUCCAUGGCUGCCUCCUUUGAGGAUGGGCUGUACAUGCAGAGCGUGGUGGAUGCGAUCAAAAGGUCGAGCCGAUCUGGGGAGUGGGAGACCGUGGAGGUGCUGACGGAGGAGCCCGAUGCCAACCAGAACCUGUGUGAGGCGCUUCAGCGGAAUAACCUGUGAGCCUGAACAUGGGCUCCCUGCCAGCCACAGGGCACAGGGACCAGGAGUCUUGAUGGGGGUGUGACUUUAGUAAAGACAGUGUCUUUGGUUUAAUACAUCAGUGUGGGCUAGGGUUGGGAGAACAUUGAAGGAGGCCCAGGUUAAACACCCCAUCUAUCUACUCAUGUCCUCAGACUUGCAGGGCGGUGAACCCUCUUGCUGCCAGGGCUUGGGCAGGCAAGCCCACUGUGUGUAUGGUGGAGCUGUCGCCAGGCCUCUUCAUGGUUCUAGGGAGUAAGACCUGCAAAAGCCUGGCCUAGGGGCUCUGAUUUGUGGUCAUACAGAAUAAGAAAGCCCACAAGGAGCCGGCUUGGCUGAGGCCUGAGGAGAAAUGACACAAAACCUGUUUCCAUGGCCUUGGGCUGGAGCAUCUCAGGAAGAGUGAGGACAAGUCACUCCUCAGGGAUCCUCACCUGCCUUCCCGGUACCCAGGCUCCUGCAGGCCCCAGGCCAAUUAAGUGAGCUCUCAGGGGCUAUUGACCUAUGGAAGAGGGCCCUUGACUGGCAGAGGGGAGCUGAGGAGCUGUAGAACAUCAGGUAAAUGUCAAUAAAUGAGGCAGAAAAUGUGACAUCA